AUGCACAAGACACUGGGUCAUCGUCACUCUUUUCCGCCACCAUCCCGUCCAUUCAGCAUUCAGCAGGACAGUCUGAUAGCAUCUCCUCCAUCGCCCGUUCCUGCAGAUGAUAGUAGCGUAGGCGACGGUGAUGGUGGAGAUGAUGGUAAUAGUAUCACUGCUGCUGCUGUUGCUGCCGCUGCUUUUCUUGAUGACGAUGUCGAUGCUGGCGAUGCUCCCACUGAUGCCGCGGUUGCUACAACACCAGCUGUCGAUCCCCGUUGCACCAGCACAACCACAACUCCGCCUUUACGACUUUCUGAAAUCGAACGAAUGCCAGCAUCCCACAAUCCUCGAACGCUCCCCGCCACUGCAGUUGCUACUGACCAUGUUACUACUACUACUACUACUGCUGCUGCUGCUGCUGCUGCCAGUCCUACUGACCAGCGGCAACAACAACAACAACAAGAGCAACGCAUAGAGCCAUUUGUCAGUCCUUUGACAGAGACCAAUUUAAAAUAUCAUACCGAAUCGUUCCCUGCGAAUCAAGAAGCACGGCAAUUUUACAUUGAAUCAUACGUCGAAACUCAGGCCAACGUAGUACAGCUUGAAAACAAACUACAGCGUAGACGUCGAGCAGAAAUCCGAUCGCUGGUGCCACUUGACACAUUAUCUACAUACGACGAAUUGAUAGCUCAACACUCCGUGAUUCAGCCACACCAGCAACAACAAACAACGGUGACAGAAACCACUGCUGCUGCUGAUAGCAGCAAUGACAACAAUACCCAUCAUAAACAGCAAAAAAAGAAACGGCGGAAAUGGUUUAAUUGGUUGACGCCGGUACGUUUCAAACGCAAACAGGAGGACCAGGAAUACCAACAGCAGCAGGGACCUGCAGCAACAGCAUCGAUUAACCCCGCAACAGCGCCAACAACAACACUCGUCGAUACAACUAUUGCUGAUGAUGAAAAGAAUACGUAUUAUGAAGGCCGACAACGACACCGCCCUUCUUCAUCAACAACAACAGCAACAGCAACUUCAGCUCGACAAUUACAACGCAACUCAUGGGCAGCACCAGAAACCAAAUAUCAACACUAUCAGAAUGAAAAAUCGGAACUUUUGCACGAUGGAUUAUGUGUGUUGAACAAUGUCAACAUUCUCCGUGCCUUGGGCGGUGACCGGAUCAUUGCUGCUGCUUCUGCUUCUGCAGGUACGGGAGGAGGAACAGGGACAGGAGGAAGGCCCAACACAACAUCCAUGAUUCUAUUACCGUCUCAGCAACGACGCCACCUUCAUCAUCAAGGAGUAAAACGGGAUUCAAGCGUAUCAUUUCCAGCUCGACAACAUCAACAAUCGAACAAAACGAAUCGACGUCGGUUUUCUGCCCGGCUGAGGUCAGUUCGGGAAGAUGUACAGGAACAGGAACAACAGCAGAAACAACAACUAAGACGGUGGAAUACCAGUAAUGACGGUAUUUCAUCAACGACAGCAACAACAUUGAUUGGUUUCCGGUAUCCUCGAAUGGUACAUCGACAUACAUUACGUGAUGCAGCGAUCCAAGUGCUGUCCUCAGAGCUGUCUUUAUGGGAAAACGAGGAUCAAUUGAAUAACAACGGUGAGGAUGAUGAUGGGGACUAUGAUGAUUACGACGAAGACGAGGACAAUAUUGAUUAUCAGCAGCAUCAUCAUCAUUGCCAUGAAAGAGGAGGUUUAGCGAGGAGAAACUCAUUGAAUAACGAGACAAGUAGUAGUCGGAACAGUAUGUCCCAUACUCAUCGAUACUAUCAAUCAAGAAACAGACGGUUCUCGGAUCCGCGAAUGGUGUUUGUGUCUUGA